GUAUUCACGUGUUUUUUUCGUUUAAACCGAAUUUUAAACAAUUUAGAAUAAUUCAGACAUCCACAGUUUUUUGUUAUUUUGUUUAAGUAUAAAUUUAAGUAGUGUGUUUUUGUUCAAAAUUGGAAAAAAAUCGCUAAUGAUAUAUUCGGAGACGUGAUAGUUGCCGGCAGUUCGUUCCGUCUCUUCUCCGCCAUAGCCCCUUCGUAAUCGUCCUCGUUGUCCGUGCGGCGAAGCUAACACGGCGUUCUGCUAUCAGGCGACUAUUUCGAGCGGUGAACCUCUCGGACUGUUCAAAAGGAUCACAGAACCGCCCGUUGAUUUUCAAUAAGUUUUUAUCUCUUAUAUUAUAUUUAAGUGUCUUCGAAUACUAAACGACCAUGUCCGAAGACAAAAAGGCAGGAGAGUCGGAGCAUAUUAACCUUAAAGUAAUGGGCCAGGAUAACGCCAUUGUCCAGUUUAAAAUAAAAAAACAUACACCGUUGAGGAAACUCAUGAACGCCUACUGCGACCGGGCUGGCCUUGCGUUGGCAGCUGUCAGGUUUCGAUUUGAUGGACAACCGAUCAAUGAAGCUGACACACCCUUAAGUCUUGAAAUGGAGGAAGGCGAUACGAUAGAAGUAUAUCAGCAGCAGACUGGAGGGAGAAUUGUAUAAGUUUUAAUUCCUAUGAUGUAAAAAAAAAGGUCUAAUGUGCCCCUCCUUUCACGUCUUUUGUAUAUUUCAUUAUUUGUUUUAUGUUUAGUUUUAUACUUAACUUUUUAUAAUUAUUUUGAUUUAGUUUAAAAAACCAAACAACAAAAACAUUUAAUCGAAAUGUAUCUUUAACUGUAAUAAACAAACAGACUUGAACAAUAGAACUACUUUCAGUGUGUAGUCUAGAUGUUAUACAUUUA